AUGGAUUCGGACGCUGAAAAUUCGCAACAGAGCUCACGAGUUCUGGCUAAAUGGCUGAUCGGAGGGUUCGUAAUUGGGGCCUCGGUUAUGGGUUUCCAGAUUUUUCAGCAGAAUAAGAAGAAGAAGAGACCCAUAAGGGUUUACAUGGAUGGCUGCUUUGAUAUGAUGCACUACGGCCACUGCAACGCCCUUCGCCAGGCGCGAGCUCUCGGCGACCAAUUGGUGGUUGGGGUUGUUAGCGAUGCGGAAAUCAUUGCAAACAAAGGCCCUCCGGUUACUCCUCUUUACGAGAGGAUGAUUAUGGUUAGUGCGGUGAAAUGGGUGGAUGAAGUUAUUUCCGAUGCUCCUUAUGCUAUUACUGAAGAUUUCAUGAGAAAACUAUUUGAUGAGUACAACAUUGAUUAUAUUAUCCACGGCGAUGACCCAUGCAUUCUUCCUGAUGGCUCUGAUGCUUAUGCUCUUGCUAAGAAGGUUGGCCGCUAUAAACAGAUUAAGCGCACUGAAGGGGUGUCAAGCACUGACAUUGUUGGUCGUAUGCUUUUAUGUGUGAGGGAGAGGUCAACUGGUGACAGCCACAAUCACUCAUCCUUGCAACGGCAAUUCAGCCAUGGUCGCAGCCCGAAAUCUGAAGCUGGUGGCUCUGGAAGCGGAACACGCAUAUCUCAUUUUUUACCUACGUCCCGUAGAAUUGUUCAAUUCUCCAAUGGCAAGGGACCUGGUCCAGAUGCUCGGGUAGUUUAUAUAGAUGGCGCAUUUGAUCUUUUCCAUGCUGGACAUGUGGAGAUUCUGAGGCUUGCUCGAGGACUUGGCGACUUUCUACUUGUUGGUAUUCAUACUGAUCAAACUGUCAGUUCAAAAAGGGGAGCUCACCGUCCGAUUAUGAAUCUCCAUGAAAGAAGCUUAAGCGUUUUGGCUUGCCGAUAUGUGGAUGAGGUAAUUAUUGGUGCUCCAUUGGAGGUUUCAAAAGAUACGAUAACAACUUUCAAUAUCUCUUUGGUCGUGCAUGGAACUGUAGCUGAGGAUAAUGAUUUUCAGAAGGAGAAGGGCAAUCCUUAUGCUGUUCCUAUCAGUAUGGGUAUAUUUAAGCUGUUGGAAAGUCCUUUAGAUAUUACGACUAGCACAAUAAUCAGGAGGAUAGUAUCAAAUCAUGAGGCAUACGAGAAACGAAAUGAGAAAAGGGGAGAUUUGAGAUUGCAGAUCAUUUGGUGA